AUGUUCACUUCUGUACGCCCUUUGAAUAGGAUACUACCCCUAAAAUCAUUCGUCAAUCUAGGAAAAAUGUCAAGCUCCACUAAGACAGUUCAUCCAACUUCAUUAAACUCCUUCAAUUCAAAUCAUUCUCUUUAUGAUAGAGUCAGACCUGAUUUUGAUCCUCAAUUUGUUACCAAAUUUCUUGGUGAUUUAGGUCUUGUGUCUAAAAAGAACGAUAGACUUGGUGAAGUUACGUUCAAUAACAAAAAAGAUAUCUUGGAAUUAGCUGCUGGUACAGGUAAAUUCACCAAGAAAUUAAUCGCAGCGGGUUGGUCUUCAACAAAUUUAAAAAUUAUUGAACCUUCAGUUGGUAUGAUUGAAAGUUUCCAAAAAAAUUUUCCUCAAGUUGAUGCAAAAGUUGGGUCAAGUUAUGAGAUCCCAUUAGAAGAUAGUUCAGUUGAUGCAGUUAUUGUAGCACAAGGGUUUCAUUGGUUUUCCGAUAAGAAUUCACUACAAGAAAUUUCAAGAGUUUUAAAACCAAAUGGUAAAUUAGGUUUAAUUUGGAAUUUUGAUAGUACAGGUAAUAAUUCAAGUUUAGCACAAUCUGGUCAAGAUUUAGGCUUAACUCAAUUGGAAAUUGAUAAAAAAUAUGGUUGGGAAAAAAUUGCUAAAUUAGCGCAAGAUUUUGAUGAUGAAGUUCCACAAUAUAGAAAAGGUGAAUGGAGAACAGCGUUCCAAAAUCAAUCCUUUUUCAAAAACGAUUCUGUGUGUAAUCAAUUUAUUCAUAGAUUUGAGAAAUUUGAUGUUGAUUUGGUUUAUGAUUAUUGGUUAUCAAGAAGUUAUAUAACAAAAUUACCAGACAAUGAAAAAGCCAAAUUAAAAGCACAACAAGAUGAAUUGAUCUCUCAAUUACCGGAUGCUUCAUUUGUUGAGGGCUCUGAUAAGAAACAAUUGAAUCAAUUUUUGGGGUCAGAAUAUUUUGUAAUUACUCCAAAUAAAUAG